AUGAGAAUCUCUCUACUCCUCACUAUCUUUUCCAGUCUCUCAUCAGCCACUGCCUUGGUCGGCCCCUCCCCACCUCUCUACUUCAAACCCACCACAAGAGUCAUCCCUCCCCACCCCGUUGAUGGCGAAACCAGCUUCAUAGACACCCACCGCAACGGCCCCUUCGAUGGGCCCCACACCGAUCUCAUCAACUCCACCGCCAUCGAGUGGUGGUACUUCGAUGCCUCCUCCAUGGAAGGCGAGCAAGCCAUCGCCGUGUGGUGGACGACGCCCAACCCCGCUGCCAUCGGCCUCAACUUCACCAGCUCCAACUGGUUCAUUUUCCACUCGAGAUUCAGAGACGGAACGUCGUACGAUACGUUCAUCCCGGCGGAUGAGGUGAUUAUCAAGACGACGGGGGAUGGGAGUUCGGGGUUGUAUACCGGGGCGGGGUCUGGGUGGAGUGGGACGCCGGAUAUGAGCCAUUAUUCUAUGAGCUUUGAUAUCCAGGAUGAGGGGAUUAGGGGGGAGGUGCAGAUCAUGAGGAUAGUCCCCUCUCGUAGUGCAAAGCGUCCCGCCACCGACCUCGACGAAGACAUGCGCAACAUCGGCGCCCUAGGCUGGGCUCUCGCGGUCCCAGGCGGCGACGCGACUGCCUACGUCCAGGUCGGCGAGAAAACCAUCUCCUUCGACGAAGGCAGCGGAUACCACGACCACAACUGGGGCAUCGGCCUCGCUGACUUCCACAACUGGUACGCCAUCCACGGCCGCUUCGGCCUGUAUACCUUCACCGCCAUCGAAACCCUGCUGCAAGCUCCCUCUUCCCCAGAUAUCAACUCCCCCACUACUUUCGGCCAAACCUGGCUCGACUAUAACGGCACCACCCUCGUUGAGACCCUCGACCCCUCCGCCGUGCGCAUCCGCCCCUGGGGCAAUGGUGCGGAGUACCCACCGAAGGGGUACUAUCCGAACCCGCUAGGCGCGGUUAUCACGAUAGAUGCGGGCGAACAUGGGGUGUUUGAGUUGAAUGUGACGAGUAAGACGAGUAGCCCGAGGGUGCCCAUGGGGGUGGGUUUGGGGAAGUGGUUUGGAACUGUGAAGGGGAGCGUAAGGGGUGGGAAGGUGAGUGAGGGGCCCGCGAUGUUUGAGUGGUUGGAUUUGGAUUUGGAACCGGGGGUGGAGGAGGGGUUGGUCGUGCAGGGGGGAGCUCUAAGGAGAGAUGAGGGGGUAAUGAAGGAUGGAGUUUGGAGUAGAGACAUGGAAAAGAAGAGGGGGUGGGUGGAAGGCUGAGUCAGCGAUGGGAUGGAAAUUGGUAGGAUGUCUUGAGAGCUUAUUCAACCAUUGCCCGAAAUGUUCCCCUUCGAUUUAUGCUGGGUGGAAGGAUCAAGCACCAAGAUAAGGAUUUCGUUCGCAUGUGUGGGCGUGUGAGUGUAGGGAAUCAAACCCAAGGAGGAACCCCAGAAUGGCUGUCUGAAACAUCUCCAUCACUGGUAAUCACCACCACUCCCACACAAACAUGCCAAACACUAGUAAACCUCC